GUGUCCCUGCCCAUCACCGCAGGGUCGGGCAGGGACAGGGAUGGCGACGGCCCCGCCCCUCGGCCCCGCCUCCCGCGACCCCGCCCCCUCGGGAAGCGGAAGCGGCGGCCGGGUCCUGAAAAUUACAUCUUCAAAUGACAGGAUGGUAAAAUGGAUUGAAUUUCUGCUUCAAAGCAGAACAGAGGUAUUACAACUGGUGCUGUAUCAGUAGACUGCUGUCUAUAAACUCAGAUGGUAACUGAGCUAUUUGCACAAUCAAGACUGCUGGGAGUUUCAGAGAUCAGCCAUGGGCAUUAAAGGCUUGCAGGGAUUUGUGGCAAGAACUUGCCCUGAUGUAUGCAAAACGGUAGAUCUGAGAGAGAUGGCAGAAAAUCAUCGCAUCAAUCAUCCUGAUUUCCCACCUGCUAUCGUAGUAGAUGCCAUGAGUUGUGUUAGAUACUGGUACACACCAGAAUCCUGGGUGUGUGGGGGCCAGUGGCAGGAGUACCUUGCCAAUUUAGAGGACUUUAUUAAAGCAUUUACAGCAGCUGGUAUCCAGUUGGUGUUUUACUUUGAUGGAGUGGUAGAAGAGAAAAAGAGAGAUGAGUGGAUUAAACGGAGGUUGCGGAAUAACAAGGAAAUAGCCAGAAUAUUUCAGUUUAUCAAAACUCACAGGAAACAACCAGGGAGAGGAAUGUUUGUUGUUCCUUCAGCUUUGCCUACUUUUACACGUUUUGCACUGAAGUCGCUUGGUCAAAAAACAGUAUGCACAUUGCAAGAGGCAGACUUUGAGGUGGCUGCGUAUGGUUUGCAACAUAAUUGCAUAGGAAUUCUGGGGCAAGAUAGUGACUACCUCAUCUAUAAUACAUGCCCCUACUUUUCCAUUGAGAAGCUCCAUGUGGGCAGACUGGUCACUGAAAUGUACUCUCGAGAAGAUCUUUGCCGUGCGUUGGGUCUUAGUUUGACACACCUCCCUCUUUUUGCUUGCUUGCUGGGCAAUGAUAUUGUUCCAGAAAGCUUGUUGGAAGGCUUUUGGCAUAAAUGUUUAGUCACUAGUCCCCACAAGAAUAACAGCUAUGACAGAAGAACAAACAUACUUCUAGCUGUAGCAAAUUACAUCUCAAAAAUUCCAUGCUCAUACAGCAGCCUGAAACACUUGGAAGAGAUGCUACCUUUGGGAUCAGACAAGACAUUACUUUACAGAGGAUUGGAGUCCUAUGUUUUGCCCGGGCAGCAGUCUCCAUGGAUUCCACCUAAUGUGAAAAAUUGCCAAAUGUUCUCUCUUCAACAAGAAACAGCUGUGUGUCAAGAUAAGGAAAUCUUUCAGUUAGCUAAAGAACAGCAUAUCCGAUCUGAAAAUUAUGCAAUCUUCAAUAUCCUGAGUAAUGGAGAGAUUGAGUGCAGCAAUUCUUUGGAAGAUGAAUGUGACACAGAGAUUCCUGGACAGGCACUUAUCUACCGUCCUGCUCGUCAGCAUAUUUACUCUGUCUUGUUGGAAUCUGCAAAAGGUGGAGCCUAUCCUUUGGUAAAAGAGUGGUUUGUCUAUUUUGGAAAUCCUCUCCAGCAGCCAGAGCUGAUACAACCUGUACAACCUUUUGUUCCAGGUGGAAUACCUAAUUUGAAAACAUUGUGGUUUGCCGAAGGACCCGAUGUGGAAAAGCAACGAUAUAGUACGUUUCUGGCAUGCUUUUACCUUCAAGAUGAGAUGGAAGAGCUCCAAGCUCUAGAAGCACCUGUUGCAGCAUUCUGCUGCUUGCUGACCUAUCUUAUGAUGCAGGUCAGUAGCCUCUCUCUGGAGGACUUAAAUGCAUUUGUGGCGGUUGUUCUCUGCCUCAAAGGGAAGUCAGCUGCUCAGCUGGCAGCUUUGCAGCUUGCACAAGUGGACUCCAGAGCUGUUCAUCUUGGCGCUGUGUUUGUUCGUGGCAUUACUACUUUACUCAUGGCCAACAGUGCUUGUGGCUUUCCAUUCAGAAUGGAUGAUUUGAUGCCUUGGGAAGUGUUUGAUGGAAAACUUUUUCAAGAAAAAUACCAGCAGUCACACCGAGGUUGCUCUUCGGAAGAGCUUUUGGAAGGCAAUGAGUCUUUGUGUACACCCUUCCAGAAUCUGAAGUCUUUCAUUUGUAAGGCCUGCAUGGCAAAGAAAAGAACAAUACAGAGCAGACCAAGAGGGAAUGGAUUUAUCACAGGAACACAGCGAAGAGAAUUUAAUCCUAGGUUCCAGCAAACACACAGAAGUUCUUAUGUUCCUCCAUAUCAUAGCCAGAUGAGGGGGUUCCUAAGGAGAAAUCCUCAAACACAAGGAAGACAAUAUGGACUGGGACAUCAAGACCAGAGGAGAAGAUUCCACCUUCCUCCUCGGUGAAGAACAUAUGUGUACAUGUAGCAAGCUGAGAUGAUGGGAAUAGUUAAUAUCUUUUGUCUAUGAGGGCUUCUUUUUAUGAACUUUACAGAGUAACUGAACCAUGUGACUGCGGAGGAAAUAACUCAAAGCAGAGGCUAUUGGCUUUGUUAAUCACUUUUCAUGUUAGAUCUAAGCUUGCUAUGAGAUCAGAAUCAUUAAAACUUAAGUUAAAGGUACCAGCUAAAGCACAAUAGCUACACUGCUUGGUCCCUUUGACACUUGAAGGCCUGAAGUGUUUUUACAACAUCAUUAGAUAUUCCUGACUGCCAAUUUUAAGACUUAAACUAUAAAUUCUGCAUAUUUUCCUUAUAGUUGUGUAUAUUGCAAGAGUUUGCUCACUAUGAAUAAUAUGGCAUUUCCAUGCUGAACUGUGGUUUGUGACUUAAUUGUGGAUUAUCUUUAUCUUAAGGAUUAUACUGUUUUUACUAAAACCUGUUGAAAAGUUUGAAACAUGAAAUCAGCGAUGUAAAUAUCAUCUGCCAGUGAAACCAAAUGACCUUCCUGUAAAACGCAGUGCUUUAUUACAAAAGCCAGAAAUUGAUAUUACUUUUGGCACUUCUUGUUAAGCAACGUUUUAUAUCUAUCUCAGCUGCCUGUUCAGAGUGAACCACUUCGCUGCUGAGACCUCACAGAACCUAAGGUUCCAAAUUUAAGUGCUGAACUGCAUAAUUAGUACAUAGAUCACUAGACCCAGAACAUACCAUUAUGGUACUUUAAUCACCUGCUUAAUACAGACCACAAAAUCUUACCCUGCAACAGACCAUAACUUCUAAAAUUGUUUCAGUGCUGAUGUUCACGUGUUUUGUUUGGCUUCUCACAACUGUUUGUCUUUUAGAUCACCCACAUGACCCUACUCAUUACGGGAGGUGGAUGAAAGUGGAUAUGAGAACAAGAUACAUUUUUUGAAAUGCUGUAUCUUAAAGAUCCUAAAAGCUUUAUCAGUAUUUAAAAAUCGGUGGUGGGAAUGCUCUAAUCAGAAAUUUAUCAUGCCUCGUUUUCAGUUCCAUAUUAUUUUCUGCACUUUUCUUUCUAGCGUGUAUCUUAAAGAAGUAAAUUAUGGAAUAUUGUGAAACAAUUAUUUUAUCAUUUAGAUUCCAGAUAGUGCUAUUUGGAACGCUUCACAAAAAUCUUGCUGACACAGUUAUGAAAAAUAAUCAUUAAAAAAUUAUGUUUAAAAAGUAAAUUCCAGUUCUAGGCGUUGAAGAAGGGUGCAAAAAUUUAAUUAAUUGAUCUGAUUCUGAUGUCAAAACUGUGAAGUCUUUUCUGUUAAACGUUUAUGCUAUAUGAGGCUGAAAAUGUCCAGUCUCAGACAAAAAUGGAUAAUUUUAACCGUGUCACAGUUAAAAAAAAAAAUCUUACUUUUCCGUCAUGUGGCUUACUUUAAUUUUUCCUGAGUGUCAAGGACUGAGAAAAAGAUGGCUAAAACAUUCCAGAAUGUUAUAAAAUUAGUUUCUAUGUACGAAACUGCUACAGCUUUAAUGUCCUCUUAUUUGGGGGCCUUUCAGAGCUGGGUCAAAUGCAUAGUGCUUUUCUGGAAUACCUAGAAUUCUCCUUCAGUCUGUAAUGAGCUGUUUACAAAACAUUUAAAGAUUAUGUCAGACCUCUUAUAUCUGUCUUUAACCUUGACAUAAAGGUGUCAGUGUGAGCCUUUGGCCCGAAUAAUUUUGGAGGAAAUUUUCAAUCCAGGGGAAACUCAACACACCUUUUGAAUGCUUUCCCCCCCCCAAGUGGCAGCUGUUUGAAGCACUCAGGGUAAUUUUUUUUCUCUGUUGACAUUAUUGGUGCAUCUUUUGCAGAUAUUAGUGGAAUUGUGAUUUUACUCUGUGCUGAUAAGGUAGUCCCAAGAGAUCUAAGUAAAUGAACAGAGUAGAGGUAGGGUAAUUAGGUAUCUUCUGUGUUAAUUUUCACUGGUCUAUUACUCAUAAGACAAGCUUUAUUUAUACUUUGGAGAUAGGUGUAUUUUUAGAAUAGUACAUAAGUACACUUGAAAUUAAAUGUCUUUAGAAGUGUUUAGCAUGAGGAAAAAGCAUUAUUUUUAUAUUCCAAAGAGAAAAUUUAGCUGUGAUUUUGAAAUUAUUUUCAGAAGUACUAUAGCUGUUGAACAAUUUGCACUGAUCUCUAAGACAGUGAUUACCAAUUUAAACUCCAUUGUUUUAGUACAUUAUUGUAUGUUUUUUAUGUUAUUAUGUAAUGUUUUUUCUUAGAUCUUGUGCAGGUAACUCCUGUGAGUCAACUGUCAGUGGGAGUUAGUUCCUAUUUAGUACAUGCUAUGUCAAAGUGAAUAGUAUUGUCAGACAUACAUAACUCAAUGCUUUAAUUUCUUUGCAUGUAUUUUUCCAUUUGUAAUUCAAUAACUAUAUUCUUUUAUACUCUGCAUAUAGCAACAGUCCAGAUAAACAAUAAAUUGGCAGCAAUAAAGGAUUUCUAAUUCUAUUAAAAGUUUGAAUGGACAAUUUUUACACAACACUGCUGAUUUGCAUUCACUGCUAUUGAUUUGUCACUAACUGCAAUUGUGUAACCACUUUUUGCUCCCCCAGCCCUCCACAAACUUUUGGAAUAAUAUGGUCUGAGUUUUAUGGAAAGCUCUCUAAUUUCAGAAAUCUCACGAUGUAUAACAAUAUAUUUGAAAAGAAUGCAACAUUGUGCCAGAAUUUGUUGGUAAUUCCCCCUUCAGGUUUUGAUAUGAGAAAAUAUUUCUGUUGGCUUCAAUAAACAAAGUUAAAUACAGUUAGAGUGGAAGUUUCAUUAUGCUAGUUGUGGUAUGUUAUGAAUUGUUGGUAAUAAUUACCCUGACUACUGAAGAAUUGUUAGACUCUCUGUGAGGUUUUCUUUCCUCCUCAUGUUAGACCAUAAGCAGAAGCUUCAUAUUAUUAGUUCUAAGCCAAAAGAUCUUUUUCUUCCCACCAGGAAUCACAGAGUGAAAGCAGAAGCAUGAAGUGGAAACAUAGAAGUGCUACUUUCCUGUCUCACUGAACUUUAAAUUGAUCGGAGUACCGUAAAAGCUUAUGGACUGUAGAAGGAAAUCAUAUACAAGAACAUGACCUUAAAGAUUCCAGUCUAAUCUGAUUUCCUUAACCUGUGGGCUACAGGGUUACUUUGGGUAAGGACAGAGGAAAAACAGAUGCGGACUUGAAG